AUGAGGAUUUUAGAAAAAAUUCUCACUGCUGUUUUGUACUUCUUCGUCUUCACUGCACCAUGCACUGCUCAUAUCAUAGCUCUGAAGCUCCAUUCUGAUAACCGACAUAUGAUCCCUUUCUUCGAUUUUGAAUUUUCAAAUGUAGGUUACGUCUCCUUUGUUCUCUCCUCUGUGACAGUCACCUCCACCUCAUCAUCACCCCCUGAUCCAUCACGUAUUGGUUUCCUCUUUCAAUCGCAUAAACCGGAAGACGAACAACCCUUUAAAUUCCAACAAAACACUACAAUUUGCGACUUGGAUUUCAAAUUAAACUCAUCAGUCCUCUUUACUUUCCAAAAUCUUUCCUACGAUACUCGGACUUCCUUUAACAAAACGUACCCAGUGACAGAUCCCGGUAUGAAGUCAUUCUUCUUCUUCAACUGCAACAACGAAUCCCUCGUGACCAUGGAUGGUGGCAUGGAGCUCUACAACAUCGAUGAGGGCACUACCAAAAACUAUUUGUCAGCAGGGCUUACACAACUCCCGUUUCUUUACAUCAUCUUAUCCUUCAUAUAUUUAAGUUUUCUAGGGUUUUGGAUCUUAGUAUGUUUCAAGAACCGGCGAUGUUUUCAGAGGACCCAUUUACUAAUGGGUGGGUUGCUUGUUUUUAGUAUUGUUCACUUUAUAUGUGUUGCGGCCGAUCUACAUUAUGUCAAGGUUACGGGUAGUGCUCAUGAAUUAGACGUCCUGUUUUUCGUACUUCAGCUUAUCAGAGAUCCAAUAUUGCCAUGGGAAGCUGCCAUGCCUUAUAAUAAAUUAGACUGGUCAAUCGCAGAUAUCAUGGGUUGCUUUUUUAUUCUCAUCCCUAUAGCCAGGCCAGUUGAUAGGAUGACGCUCAAGAUGGCUACUCCGAAUGAGGAGUCUUGCAUGCUUUCAACUUCCAUAUCGGAUUCUUGUUUACAUAGUCCAGUCUAG